CGAGGACGACCCGAGAGAAUGAACCCCCAUGUUCCCUAGGCUGUGCCAUACCCGAGCAUCCCCGACAACCCUCCCCACGCCCCCAGCUCCGCCCCAGCUCCUCCCCCAGAGGGUCGGGCAGGCGACGCAGGUUCUGACGCGGGCGGCGACGGCCAGCAGUCCCUGCCUCCAGCCCGUGCCCGAGCCAGGCCGGCAGCGCGGAGGCUGCGGUAGCGGUGGCCGCGGAGCUGGCCCUGUGGGGCCCCGGGGGGGAGGGGGUGCCGCGAAGCCCCGGCUGAGGCCGCCGCUGCCGGGCCUCCCUCCCCCCCGGAGGGCGCCAUGCGGGGGGGCCCGGGCGAAGCAGAGCGGCGGCAGCGCUGGGGUCGCCUCUUCGAGGAGCUGGACCGUAACAAGGACGGCCGCGUGGACGUGCAGGAGUUGCGCCAGGGGCUGGCCCGGCUGGGCGGGGGCGACCCGGACCGCGGCGCCCAACAGGGCCUCUCCCCAGAGGGUGGUGCUGACCCAGAUGGCGGGCUGGACCUUGAAGAGUUUACCCAAUACCUGCAGGAGCGGGAACAGCGCCUGCUGCUUCUUUUCCACAGUCUGGAUCGGAAUCAGGAUGGUCACAUUGAUGUCUCUGAGAUCCAGCAGAGUUUCCGAGCUCUGGGCAUUUCUAUCUCUCUGGAGCAGGCACAGAAAAUUCUACACAGCAUGGACCGUGAUGGCACUAUGACUAUCGACUGGCAGGAAUGGCGUGACCACUUCCUGUUGCAUUCAUUGGAGAAUAUGGAAGACGUGCUCUACUUCUGGAAGCAUUCCACGGUCCUGGACAUUGGCGAGUGCCUGACUAUCCCUGAUGAGUUUUCAGAGCAGGAGAAGCUGACCGGCAUGUGGUGGAAGCAGCUGGUGGCCGGUGCAGUGGCGGGCGCCGUGUCACGGACAGGCACAGCCCCUCUGGACCGCCUCAAGGUCUUCAUGCAGGUCCAUUCCUCCAAGACCAACCAGCUGAACAUCCUUGGGGGCCUACGGAACAUGAUCCAAGAGGGGGGCGUGCUCUCUCUAUGGCGUGGCAACGGGAUCAAUGUGCUCAAGAUUGCACCUGAGUCAGCUAUCAAGUUCAUGGCCUAUGAGCAGUUCAAGCGGGCCAUUCGGGGACAGCAGGAGACACUGCAUGUGCAGGAGCGCUUUGUGGCUGGAUCCUUGGCUGGUGCCACAGCCCAAACCAUCAUUUACCCCAUGGAGGUACUAAAGACACGGCUGACCCUUCGCCGGACGGGCCAGUACAAGGGGCUGUUGGACUGUGCAUGGCGGAUCAUGGAGCGAGAAGGGCCCCGUGCCUUCUACCAUGGCUACCUGCCCAACGUGCUGGGCAUCAUUCCCUAUGCGGGUAUCGACCUGGCCGUCUACGAGACCCUGAAGAACCGGUGGCUCCAGCAAUAUAGCCACGACUCGGCUGACCCGGGCAUCCUCGUGCUCCUGGCCUGUGGCACUGUCUCCAGCACUUGUGGCCAGAUAGCCAGUUACCCCCUGGCCCUGAUCCGGACCCGUAUGCAGGCCCAAGCCUCCAUCGAGGGCGCCCCCCAGCUCUCCAUGAUGGGUCUGCUCCGUCACAUCCUGUCCCAGGAGGGCAUACCAGGCCUCUACAGGGGCAUCGCCCCCAACUUCAUGAAGGUUAUCCCAGCUGUGAGCAUCUCCUAUGUGGUCUACGAGAACAUGAAGCAGGCUCUGGGGGUCACGUCCAGGUGAGGGACCCAGAGCCGCCCUCACUAAGAUUCCUCACCUCAAUCAUGAUGACCCCUACACCUCAACCACUGGAGACUAAUGGCCCAGCCAAUGGAUCCCACUCAAACCACAGGAUCCCUAUACUUCAUCCUCUGGGUUCUGCAUCCCACAUCCCACCUACUGGAUCCCAUGUUUCCCUGUCUCCCUUCCCCUCCCCGCACCCCCCACCCUGCCACACACACAAUGGGUCCUAGACCUCCAUGUCUUAACCACUGGAUCCCACACAACUCAUCUAAUGAAUCCUGAAACCCUAACCACAGGAGCACAUAUCCCUAUAUCUAAGCACCCAGACCCCAGCUCCCUCAGGCAAAAGAUCCAGUGUCCUCCUACAGCACUAGAUCACAGAUCCCCAGCCCCACUGGCAGAUUCCAGACCUCCACGCUCCAAUCCCUGGAUUCCCAAGCUUGGCCACUGGAUCCUGAAUAUUAAGAAACCUCAGCCACCAGCUCCUGGCCAUGUAAUGCCCAGAUCCUGGGGCCCCCACUACUGGAUCCUAGAUCCCCUCAUUCCAGCCAGUGGAUUCCUGACUCCCUU